AUGGAUACCAUCAUGGAGAUGAACACCAAGAUAUCACCACCAGAGGAGGCCUCGGAAAGGCAACAGACCCCUCCUCCUCCUCCGCCACCCCGACACAACACUAUGACAACUAUCAUGAUAGGCUUUCUCAUGGUCUUCUCCAUCUUCAGCGUCGGCAGGGAGAUCAGAGACCAACUCUACCCACGUCCCCAAGCCAACAACAGGGUGAUCAACAAAGCAGAGUUGACAUCAUGGGGUCAAGCCCUCGAUGGGAUCGUCUCAGCAGAGACAGUCGAAGCCCUCGGAAGCGAUCCCAAGUUGAGGCGGACUCUGAUGUCCAUGGUAGACUUCACCGUCGACCUAUCAGAUACCCUCGCUGCUCGGUACGAGUCACCUCAACUGGAGGAGACGAAGCAGAUCCUGCAAGACUACAAGGAGAAGCUCAAGCGAAACCUCGAGGGUUUGGGAGACGACCUCGACAAGACCCACGACGAGGGCUCUAAACCGGUCAAACGACAAUUCCCCAGUUUGGGAGACCUCUUUAGCGCCGCCGCCGGUGCUGCGCCCGGUGCUGGUGGUGAAGGAGGCGGACCAAGCCCAACGAAUCCCCUUGGCCUCCCUGGCCUCCCAGGUGCUCCUGCUCCAGGCGGUGGUGCAGGAGGAGGUGGAGGCGGCUUGCCCGGUCUUCCAGGACUACCGGGAGCCGGAGGAGGAGGCGGUGGAGGAGGAGGAGGUAACCCUCUAGCCGGACUCCUCGGUGGCGGGGGCGGAAACGACACAGCAGGCGGCAUCCUCGCGCCUCUCCUUCAACCCCUCAAAGACGGCCUCAGCAACAUCGGCAACUCCCUCGUCCAGAACCUGAACGGGCCCGCGAUGUUCCUCGGUAUUGGCGUCGGAGCCGGCGCAGCCCAAGGCCUCAACCUCUCCUCCCAGGAGAGGACGAUGGAAGUCGCCGCCAAGGUGGCCGCGGACAACAAGAUGGAAGCCACGGGCCUCAAUCCAGCCAUCCAAAACCUCGGCGUCGGCUUGACGUCCACUCUGAUCGGCGCCGUCGACAUCAACAGCCUCGGAGCCAACGUGACCAACCAACUCCAACCCAUCGCCAUGUCCCUCGCAACAGGCCUCGGCAACGGCACGGUAGCAGGCCUCAAGCUCAACGCCAACGCCGCCCUGAGCCUCGAGCCCGUCAACGACUCCAGCAUCCCCAACGUCAUCGGCACCUUCGGCUUCGGGCUGACCAAGUCCGUCACCUCCAACAUCGACAUCAACUCCCUCUUCAACCAGGCCAACAACGCGAACACCACCCGCGCCAUCAUGCGCGUCCUCCCCGCCGCGGCCUCGGGCUUCGGCAAGGGCCUGGGCCAGGGCGCCACCGUCGGCCUCGGCCUGCAGCCCGACUCCGCCGUGCCGAUGCAGCAGAUGCCCGACGGGCAGAUCGACUUCGGCGGCAUCACGCAGACCUUCGCAAAGGGCCUGACGAGCAGCUUCCUGCAGAACGGCACCGCGACCGAGCUGGUCAACAAGAUCGGCAACUCGAUGAACAUGCAGAAGAACGGCGGCGGCAUCCCCAGCACCAUCGACUUCAACGGCCAGAAGAUCGAGGUCAGCCGCGUCGCGCAGGGCUUCGCGAGAGGGUUCCUGCAGGGCGCCGGUGAUGCCAUUCAGGGGAUGGGAGGCGUGCAGUCUCUCAUCCAGGGCAACGCCACCAUGCCCGCCAACGGCCUCCCGGACUCGAAGGUCCAGUACGACGACUCCCUCGGCGGCGCGGCGAGCGGUUUCGGCGUCGGCAUCGGAGGGCAGGGCGUCCUUGUCGUCUCGGCCCUCGUAGCGAAUCCCCAGGGCACGCCGAUGCCGCAGGCCGGAUCACCGGCCCAGCCCCAGGCCCCGGCAGCGACGCCGAGCACACCCGCGCAGCGCCGUGAGCUGGGUCUCGUCCCGCGACAAGACCCGAACCAGAACGUGCCGCCCGUGGUCUCGGUGAACACGACCAACGGCUUCAACCUCUCCGUCGUGAUCAACGCCCAGACGAUCUCCAUGGCGGCGCAGGCGGGCGUGAACGCCUUGACCUGCCAGGGCGUGGGCGGCAUCGGCUUGGUGAUGUUGGGUCUGGUCAGGAGCAAGACGAUACCUCUCGACGCCUUCACCAGCAAGGGCAACGUGACAAAGGUGCUGAAGCAGGCGAUUCCUUCCGGGACGAUCAAUCUUGCGAAUGACGGCAACUUCUACGCCAUUGACGGGCAGAUCAUCAAGGACGCGUUGGGCGACAACAUCAUUGGCGCGGCGAACGGGGUGGAGAUUAACGGGAUGAAACUCCCAGGAUGGAUUGCUUUCCUCGUUCUUCACAUCCUCUUCGCCAUCGUGGCCUACAUCAACGUCCUACCCCUGGCCAUCGGCCUCGAACACUUCCGCAACCUCAUGAUCCGGGUCAACGUGCCUCAGGUCCUACCCAACGUGCACAAGUGGAAUAACAUCAUGUGGCUGUUCAUCAUCGCACCGUCGUUGAUCGUGGUUCUCGUGUUCGGUGUUCUGGUCUUUGGACAGUCUACCCAUUUCCGGACCGCUCACGGGAUCAUCAGCCUCAUCACGACCCUCGUCGGAAUAGGCGCUCUCCUCCUCCACCUCGCAAUCAAAGCCCGCGCGCCCCCUCCCCUCCCCAACACCUCCCGCCCCGCGCCCGCGAUCCCCCUCACCGCGCUGCCCAACAUCAGGGUCUACGUCAACCAGCUCUUCCUCGUCCUCUCCUUCGCCUCGGUCAUCUCCGGCUUCGCGGACCUGUCCUCCGUGGCGCUGUGCUUCACGCAGGUCGUCCCGUUCGACCUGGCGCUGAUGCUCGGCUUCGGGCUGUCGACCGUCUUCGUCCUCGGCUCGACCGUGUCCGGGCUCGACAUCGCGCUCACGUUCAGAGCCGCCUUCAAGAGGAGGAAGGGCGACGCCUCUGCCGGCGCCGUGGAGAGCGGAAGAGGCGGCGUGAAAGGAGGCAGGAUAUCGCCGCCGAGGAGAAUCAGCGACGAGAAGGGCAAGAGUUUUGCCUGA